AUGUCGAAGCCCAUCACCGCCAACUCUUCCACCGACGUCAAUGACGACACCACUCUCAUUGAACAAGAAUCUGGCCUCAGAUAUGCCGCUUACGCCAACCGUUUCCGUACCAUCUUGUUAGCUUCCCACAGAUACGUGGCUUACACAUCGGAUAUCGGAGAAUCGUUCCGUCCAGUGGCCCAUCCCUACCUUGUCAAACUAGGCUACGGUGUGUCGUGGAUGUAUAUUUUGGCCGAUGUUUCGUAUGCUUCGUGGAAAGUCAAGGUGAAGUCCGAAGGAAAAUACACUCCAGGUUUGAGGCCCUGGAGUACCCAGCCUACGAAAGUAGACGAGAAGGCUAAACUGGAGUUCUUAUCUACUCAUACAUCUUUGCUGGAGUCCGAUUGGAGACUCGCUGCUGUAAAGAGAGGUAUCUUCCAAAGUAUUGCGUCUAUGGGUUUGCCGGCCUUCACCAUCCACAGUGCUGUUAGAUAUUCGUCCAUUUUGUUCAAGAACACGUCCAUCAGUGCACUUAGAACCUACGGUCCCGUAGCUAUAGGUUUGGGUAUAGUUCCAGUAUUGCCUUACAUCUUCGACGAGCCUGUCGAAAAGGCUGUUGACUGGGUGUUUGACCGUGGUGAAGAACUCUACGCCCGCACCAAACUCGAGUAA